CCGUGACGUUUACCGAGAAAACGAAACUUACAUGGAGACAUGGAGGCAGACUUUAGAUGUAAACGGAAAAGAUGCACUAUAUAGAUAGAGAUUCACACUAUAUUGAGAUUAGCACUGUGUUUUCUCAUUUUUAUGUGAGGUCGCUGUGUCGUUUAUGAUGGAAACGGAAAACUACGUAGCUAAACUAAACGAGUAUGCACAGAAAAUGCGCUCGGUCCUUGUAUACGAGGACGUCGGAUCUGUUGGCCCUGAUCACAUUAAAACAUUUACCAUGAGAGCAGUCGUGAAUGGUAAGGCGUAUCCUGAUGGUGUGGGGAAGAACAAGAAAGAAGCCAAACAAUACGCAGCAAAAAAUGCCCUUAUCGGCUUGUUGGAGGAAGUGGUUGACUCUACAGAAACCUCAGCAGUAGUGUCUGCAGCACCAGAUCAUCAGACAAGUAUCACUAUCAACUAUAUAUCUUGGCUCAAUGAAUAUGGCCAGAAGAACAGGUUGCUGAUAAACCCGGUGGAGUCAACAAAAUUAGGACCUAAUGAUGCCAUGCAAUAUUGUAGGUUUGUGGUCGGCGAUAAGGAGUACCCAGUUGCCUGUGGAAAAACAAAGAGGGAAGCUAAGGAGGAGGCAGCCAAGCUUGUAUAUCAUGAGAUAUGUGGUAGUAAAACUACUGAGACUGGAGAUGAGAAAAGCAGCAGUACACCAAUCAAGCAAAAGGAGGAUCUGAAUCAAAAUGUGUCUGAGAUCUGUGAUAAGACCAAGAACCUGAGUGUGAAGACUGAGGUCAAAAGCUUUGUAGAGACAAAUUUCAUUGGAAUUAUCAACCAGUACUGUCAGAAAACAUCCCGGUCCCAUACAUUCAUUGAAGAGAACGCAUGCGGCCCACCUCAUAUCCGUCAAUUUUUCUACAAACUGGUGAUCGACAACAAGGAGUACCCUGUAGGUGAGGGGAAGACUAUCAAGGAGGCCAAACAAAAGGCAGCUGAGCUGGCCUGGUCUGCUCUCCAAGAACAGUCAGACUGGGACAGUAAGGUAUCUUUAUUGUCAGUUGUGUCUGAAGAUGGUGCUCUAGCCAAGCUGUCAACACCACCAUGCGCACUGAAGUCCAGUGAUGCCAAAUCAAAAAGCUUGCCAACAACUACACGUGACUCAGUUGUAUGCACCAAUUCAUCAAAUCCCCCAAAAGUUCAGGAUCAAAGUCCUGAUGUGAAGCCCAAAAUAAGGAUUGCAGCAAAUUUCCAAAAUGUCCACAGAAAGAGACCCAAAGAGCACAGAAUGGCCAAUCUCAAUGAAAACAAUAUAGGAACUAGUCUGAGUGAGAACAUUUCAACCAAGUCAGUCAUAUCAAGCAGGUUCACAGAAGAAUUUGAUUCCAUAGAGUGCCUCGGCAAAGGAGCCUUUGGUCGUGUUUUCAAGGGGAAACAAAAACUACUGGAAAAGUAUUUUGCAAUAAAGAUUGUCCGCUGCAAAGAAAAAGCUUUACGAGAGGUGGGGGCGUUAUCAGACCUUAACCACGUUAACAUUGUUCGAUACUACACAUGUUGGAUGGAAGAUUCAGGUUACCAGUGGGACACUGCUGCUGACAAUUCCAGCACCACCCAGUCCACUGGUAAUUCACCUGCAAAGUUCCUCUAUAUUCAGAUGGAGUUAUGUGACACCAAAACACUCAGAGUGUGGAUAGAUGAGAAGAACACACAGAAUGUGAAGAAAUCUCUGCGAGACUCCAAGAGAAAAGAAGACAGUUUAGCUAUUGCACGGCAGAUAAUCAGUGGAGUUGAGUACGUUCACUCCAGUAAACUCAUCCACAGAGACCUGAAGCCUGCCAACAUCAUGUUUGGGCGGGAUAAAACAGUGAAGAUUGGGGACUUUGGUCUGGUCACUGCCGAGAAUGAUGACGAUGUUGAAAACUUGCUGGAGAGGACUGUGUACAAAGGAACCCCAUCGUACAUGGCUCCUGAGCAGAAGAUCAGAAAGACUUACGACCGAAAAGUGGACAUAUUUGCUCUGGGAUUGAUAUAUUUUGAACUCCUCUGGAACCUCCCUCCUGGCCAAGACAGGAAAGCAAUUUGGGAAAAUGCCAGAAACCAGAACUUUCCUCAAGGAUUUUUACAGUAUUUUCACAAAGAGAGUCAAAUUAUAAAGUCAAUGCUGUGCAUGAAGCCAGAAGAUCGACCUGAAGCAAGUAAAUUAAAGACUGAUUUGGAGGAGUACCUUCAUACAACUUUGAUGCUAAAAAACAUGCUUCGUGACAGCAAGACUGUGUGAUUAUUACAAGAAACUAUUCUCACAAAAGAUCACAUACAUGACUGUUGAGCAUCAUAUUCCAAUUGACAUGUACUUGGAGUGUCUUUUUUAUUAACUUUGUUUUUAUGAACUGAUGUAACAUAAUUUAUCACUAUCAUGAUGACAAAGAAACCUCAGUCAUUAUAUUUCACUGAAAGCAGCACUUAAUUCAACUCAGACCAUUAUGCAUGUUUAACAAAUAAUUAGAUAAUGGGUAAUUACUCUAACUGGCAUUGAAAUUAUGUAUUCUAUGAUGAAAAUGGUUCAAGGAAUUCAAAGUGAUGCCCCAGUACAGCCUUUGCUUCAUAAUGAAGAGGCUUAAUUAAAAAACUAAAACAUU